UAUAAUAAAAAAUAGAAUAAUAAUAAGUUACUAAUUCAUACAGCCAAGCAUAAAAAAUCUGUCAAAAGACGCGGUUUCUCAACUCCUUAGUCAAGUUGGAGUCUAUCGAUCGAAAUGCGCGCGCAUUGAGAAUUGACGCUACAAUUUAUACAAGAAAAAAUCCACUGACAUACCAACGUGAGGUUAUUUUAUCAAGCUUUAUGAUAAAACGCUAAAAUAACACACUAAAAUUAAAUUGAAUCAAACGUUUUUAAAGUACAAAGGUGAUUAGUGAUAGAUUUCUAUUAUUUUGUAAUGUUAUUGUGAUUUCGAUUUGUCUCGCGGAGUUUGCCGGCUCGAGGCUGAAGGUGAGACGUGGCGAGAGCAAUGUGGACGGUAUGCGUGCCCGGUUGGGCAGCGGCUGUGGUGGCCGGCGCCCUGCUGUUGUACGGCAGUGUGGAUGUAGCCUACUUCGCAAGAAUGAUGUAUACCGUGGCAAAGGCCCGGUACUUCAAGAAGAAGGUCUGCAUCAUGGAUACUACGGAGAUCGAUGCAUGGUGCCUGAUCAACGACAUCGAUACUCUCCUCUAUCACAUGAACAACGCUCGUUAUCUCCGUGAGUUGGACUUCGCCCGAGCGGACUUCUACGAAAGGACUGGUUUAUACGCGAACAUCAAGGCGGCAGGAGGAGCCGUUGUUCAAGCAGCGGCCACCAUCAGAUAUAGGCGGUUCCUCAAACCGUUCACCAAGUUUACUAUAACUUCUAAGGCAAUAUUCUGGGAUGAUAAAACAGUAUUCAUGGAGCACGAGUUCGUGGGUCCCGGCGGGUUCGUGCACGCCGUGGCGGUGUGCCGGCAGCGCGUCAUCGACACGUCGGCAGCCGCCAUAGCCGAGCUGCUGCUGCAGCUGCACUGCGGGGGCACCUGCAAGCAUCCACCGGAGAAGAUGCCUCCAGAGUUGGAGCUGUGGGUGCAGUGCAACGAGCUGAGCUCAGCCCGUCUGCGAGCCCCGACAGCGCCUCUCCCAACCCUGGAGGCCAGCCACAACCUCGGCUGCGGGGAGAUGAUGCCAACCGCGACGGCCGAGUGAAGCCGUCUCUUUCACUCCCCGGCCGAGCAUCCCCACUCCCAACCACGCCCCAAGUGUGAGUGAGACAGCAGUAGGGUGUGCUCGUUCGAGCAGUGAAAUUUUAUCAGUUGACGCUCAGCAGCCGCGCUGACCGGACGUGCGGAUAAUUAUGUUAAACGAAUUUGACGCCAUUAGCCGAACUACUGGCGUCGAGUUCUUUAACAGGUGAUAAGGACGGAUUAUUCAAGCUAUAUCCGCGGGUAUAAGCAGAGGUGCUUCUGUAUGUUAACAUAAAAUGUAUCUGUAAUUAUAAGUGUUUAUCAAAAAUUAUGAGGGAUCCGAAAUAUUUAAAUUUUCUAAUUAUGUACUGUCGCUUUAGUCCCCUUAAGGGGUAGGUUUUGAAGUGUUUUUGCACACCUUAAUUAUGUUUAAAUAUGUCUUAAUCUGAUGCCUCAUUAGUGUGACGUUUGGACAGGUUGACGGACGAAUACUAAAGCAUGGAGCCUUGAGCCUAGAUUGAACACAAAAUGUCUCACGGCUAAAAUUUGACCUAGUUGCGUACAUCUUGAUGCGCAAACGCAACACAAGGUACUAAUGUGGCACUAGACUUAUGUGAUAAGCCAAAAUAUGGCUAGAAUUAAGAUUUCUCACAAAUAAACAGUUCGGGAAUCUAAUUCGAGACUUCACUUUUAAAAAUGUGAUUCUUUGACCAUUGUGUGUUUUUUCUUAUUUAUCAAUUGUUGCACUGUUUUCGAUAUUAGUUUAUCUGUAUCUUAUUUAUUAAUUAAAUCGUGCAUUGUGUAUUUUAUAGGAAGUAUAAUCAUGUAGCCAAUUUAUUUUAUAAAUCUCAAUUUUUAUCAUCCAUCUAUCUCUUUCUAUUCUACGCUGUUGAACAAGGACAAAA